AUGGAUCAAACUACAAAUCAAAUUCCAGUUCUAAUUCAGGCUCCACAAGCCAUUGAUUUCAGUGACCUCUUAUACAUUCAUCCAUCGGAGAAUGUCGGAUCUACAAUCACUCUGGUACCUUUUAAUGGAACAGGAUAUAGAUCCUGGAGGUGUAGUGUCCUUCGAGCCCUCUCUGUAAAAAAUAAAGUGGGAUUCAUCAACAGAAAAGUUCAAAAACCAGAUCCAAAUUCAUCCACAUUUGCCCAAUGGGAACGCUGCGAUGAUAUGGUGACUUCAUGGAUACUCAAUUCAUUGUCAAAGGACUUAGCUGAUAGCUUGCAGUAUGUUAACAAUGCGAAGGAAUUGUGGGAGGAAUUAGCCGAUCGAUACGACCAAACAAAUGGUGCAAAGCUAUUUCAGCUUCAACAAGAGAUAAAUGACCUCGUGCAAGGAAAUUUGGAUAUCACAGGAUACUACACCAGACUCAAACAACUUUGGGAAGAACUCUCUACUCUGGAUGCUAACACUCAGUGUACUUGUCUGUGCAACUGUGGUGGUAAGAUUAAAAUGCACAAGGCAGAGAAAGAUCGUAGGCUCAUUCAAUUCCUAAUGGGACUAAACGAGGUGUACACUGUGAUGCGAGGCAACAUUCUAAUGAUGAAUCCACUACCAUAUAUGGCACAUGCUUUCUCCAUUCUAGUUCAAGAGGAAAAACAAAGAGAGGUCAAGCCAUCCACUCGUAUGAGUUUGGCUUCAACCUCUUUCAAUGCUUCCACAUCUCUUGUCGCUGCUUUUGGGAGUAACAAUUUCAAGACAAACUACUCCCAAAAUAGACACACAAACCAAUUUCAAAACUACAACAGGAACAACACCUAUCCAAUUCCGGAUGUUAACAAAACCAACUUGUUUUGUGACUAUUGUAAGAAAAUUGGUCAUAUAGAAGCAAAAUGCUAUAGAAAACAUGGUUUUCCACCAAACUUCAAGUUCACUAAGGGCAGGAACUCAGGAUCAGCAGCUAUUGCACACUCGAACUGUGAGAUGUAG